AAAGAGAAAGUAAAAUAGACAGAGAAUCAAUUUUUCCCUUUCUUUUUCUGUUGUCUCUCUUUUCCAGUGGAUUAGAUUUUGGUUUUUCUUUCUGAUCAAAUUGUUAAUUCUAGUUAAUUGUCGAUUAUUGGGUCGCAAUCAAUUAAUCUGUGUUCCAAGUGUCAUCAGUAUUAUCACCACUGGUGAGUUUCUCCUCCAUUGACACCAAAAGAAAGUACAAUUAACCUCAUCAUCCUCAUCAUCUUCAUCAUCAUCACAACAACAACAACAACACUUAACCUUAUAAGCGAUUGGAUAUUUUUCAUUGAAUAUCAAUAAUAACUGUAUUUAUUGUUACCUCGUGGUGAUGGAUUAAUUGUUCAUCUUAAUUAUUUGCUCUAUUAUUAAAUAGAGAUACCGAAAUCUAAUUGAUAACCUUUUUAAUUUGUUAAUUUAAUCAUAACAGGUGAAAUCAAUUAAUUAUUUUACUUAAUCAUCAAAAUGACUUUUACUUCGUGGACUUUGAGACGGAUAGUGUUAUGGUCUGGGGGCUUAGGUCUGGCCACUUACACUGGUCAACAUUAUCUUUCAGAGAGUCUUUCGGCUGAAGCACCAAAGCCUCCGGCUCACUUGAAGAUGAUCUCAACCAAAGGAUUACCCUCACGAGCAGAUCACAUCAGAGCGCUUAAAGAAACCUCAGAAUAUGAUAUUCUGGUUAUCGGCGGAGGUGCAACUGGUUCUGGUGUCGCUUUAGAUUCUGUUACUAGAGGAUUGAAAACAGCUCUCGUUGAGAUGGAUGAUUUUUCAUCUGGAACAAGUAGCCGAUCAACUAAAUUAAUCCAUGGAGGUGUUCGUUAUCUUCAGAAGGCUAUUCUUCGUCUCGAUUAUGAUCAAUAUCGAAUGGUCAAGGAAGCUCUUCAUGAAAGAGCUAACCUAUUGGACAUUGCUCCACAUUUAUCUUAUCCAUUUCCCAUUAUGCUUCCAGUGUAUCAUUGGUGGCUGGUUCCUUAUUAUUGGGUCGGUAUUAAGGCUUACGAUUUUGUAGCUGGAAGUAAAAAUGUCAAGUCGAGUUAUUUUCUUUCAAAGAAAAGGGCACUUGAACAUUUUCCCAUGUUAAAGAAGGAAAAACUUUGUGGAGCUCUUGUCUACUAUGAUGGUCAACAUAACGAUGCUCGAAUGAAUUUGGCUCUUAUUUUAACAGCAAUUCGAUAUGGAGCCAAUUGUGCAAAUCAUGUUGGUGUCACCGAAUUAGUGAAAGAUGCGAAUGGUCAACUUUGCGGUGCUAAACUUAAAGAUAACAUUACUGGUGAAGAAUGGAAAGUAAAUGCUAAGGUUAUCAUUAACGCUACCGGACCUUUCACUGAUUCUAUUAGAAGAAUGGAUAAUCCUAAUCAGCGAUUAAUUUGUCAACCCUCAGCUGGAGUUCACAUCACUUUACCUGGUUAUUAUUCACCAAGUAGCAUGGGUCUUUUGGAUCCAUCAACAUCAGACGGUCGAGUUAUCUUUUUCCUUCCAUGGCAAAAGUUCACGAUCGCGGGAACAACUGACACUCCAUGUGAAGUUAGCAGGAAUCCAUCACCAUCCGAGGCUGAUAUUCAGUUCAUUUUACAAGAAAUUAAAAAAUAUUUAAAUUCUGAUGUAAAUGUGAGAAGAGGAGAUGUAAUGUCCGCUUGGUCGGGUAUUCGUCCAUUGGUUCUUGAUCCAUCUAAGGGUAACACCGAGUCAAUUGCUCGGAAUCACAUCAUCGAUGUUAGUGAUUCCGGAUUAGUGACAAUCGCUGGUGGUAAAUGGACAACUUAUCGAUCAAUGGCAAAGGAAACCAUUGAUGAAGCAGUUAAAAGAUUCCCUGAUCGACUUAAACCUUUAUCUGAAUCAGCGACUGAUGGAUUACUUUUGGAAGGAGCAUCUGAAUGGUCACCAACAAUGUUCAUCCGACUUGUUCAAGAUUAUGGAUUAGAACCUGAGGUUGCUAAUCAUCUUGCAAACACUUACGGAGACAGAGCAUUCGCCGUGGCUAAAUUAGCCGAGUUAACUGGUAGACGAUGGCCCGUUGUUGGUAAUCGUCUUCAUCCCGAAUUUCCUUACAUCAAUGCUGAGGUUCGAUUUGCAAUCAGAGAAUAUGCAUGUACCGCUGUUGACGUAAUCGCUCGUCGACUUCGUCUCUCAUUUCUUAAUGUAGAAGCUGCUCAAGAAGUUCUACCAAAGAUAAUCGAAAUCAUGACCUCAGAAUUAAAAUGGAGUAAAAAAGAAGCUCAAGUCCAAUACGAAAAGGCCGUUGAAUUUUUACACACUGAAAUGGGACAGAAUGCAAAUAGACAAGUUAAAUUAGUUUCUCCCUUGUCUCUAUCCGCUGGAGAGAUUAACAAAUACACUCAGCAAUUUCAUUCAAUGGAUAAAGAAAAGAAAGGCUAUAUUGGUAUUAAUGAUCUAAGGCGUAGUUUCAAAGCUUCAGGUCAAAAGAUCACCGAAGAGGAGUUACAUGGCCUUCUAAGUGAGGUGGAUGUCAACAAAAACGGUCAAGUCGAACUGGGUGAAUAUCUGCUUCUAGUGAGCUCACUGAAAAGUGGAGAUGUUUCAACGAGCGUUUUUGCCGCCGCCGUUGAGCUUGAACACCAAAGAGAAACUGGUUACAAACAGAUCACCGUUGAAAGAAGCGGCGGUGGAUUGUAAACAAACCAAAAAGGAUAAUCUCUUGAUCGCUAAUCGUUGAGACAAUUUACCGAUUAUUAAAAUGAUAACUUAUUGAAUUAACGUGAAACGUUGCAAAUGUUAAUUGUGAACAAUUAGCGAAUUAUACAAAUUAAAUUAAAUUUCGAUUCUUAA